GCUUGUUGGAUUCCCUCGUCCACAAUCUUCUCCUUCACAAAUCUCUGCCCCAUCUACCCGCGGGCAGCGGGCACCAGAUUUGUUCGAUGGGUCGGCAGCAUUGGAGUGAGGGCCUCCACACGCAACAUUCUUCAUUCUAUUUCCUUUCUUUUCCUUAUAUAUCAUUCAAAAUCCGAGCACUUUGAAUCCCCAUUUCCUUCCACCCGCACCCUUAACAAGGAACGGGUUCUCCUUCUUUCCUUCAUUCCUAUAUUUCCCAUCUUUUUCUUUCAAUUUUAGACACCUGUGUACAAGAGAAGAGAAGGGGUUACGUUUUUUUCAUUUCUUUUGGAAACUGCCCGCUCCCCAUUUUAAUACAAGAAGAAUCGUUCCAAAAUUUCUUCUUGGGGGUUUGUUUUUCCUUUAUUUGGGAAUGCGGGUAGAUUUUUCCAUCUGGGUUUAGCUUAUUUUUCAUUAUAUGUAUUGAAUUAUUGGCUCUUGUUUCGCCAUUUUCGUUGGGUAAUUAUUGUAAUCUUAAGGUGAAGGGAAAAAACAAAAAAAAAGAAAGGAGAAAACAGGGGAUUUUUUUAUGGGUUUCUUGGGUUGUUCUGGAGAGGAGACGGGAAGGGGUGGACAGAGUUCAAGGGUUGGUUUCAAAGCAUUAAUUAGGAGGAAACAGGUUGAUUCUGCCAAUUCUUCAUCACCUUCUUCAUCAGGACAUCAUCAAUUAGCCAAAGAGUUAUCGGUUCCUCACCUUAUUUCAAUAGGAGUUGGUGCUACUAUUGGAGCUGGAGUGUAUAUUCUUGUUGGAACUGUUGCCAGAGAACAUUCAGGACCAGCCCUUGCCAUCUCCUUCCUGAUUGCUGGAAUAGCUGCAGCGCUUUCUGCAUUUUGCUAUGCGGAGCUUGCAAGUCGUUGUCCAUCAGCUGGAAGUGCUUAUCACUACUCAUACAUAUGUGUUGGAGAAGGAGUUGCUUGGUUGAUUGGUUGGGCUUUGAUACUGGAAUAUACACUAGGUGGCUCAGCUGUUGCACGUGGAAUAUCCCCAAAUUUGGCCUUAUUGUUUGGUGGCAAUGAUCGUUUGCCUUCCUUCCUAGCCCGACAAACUCUGCCUGGACUUGAUAUUGUUGUUGAUCCAUGUGCAGCAAUCUUAGUUUUGAUUGUCACUGCUCUUUUAUGUUUAGGAAUCAAAGAGAGUAUUGCAGCACAAGCUGUUGUGACAGGAGCAAAUCUAUGUGCAAUGAUGUUUGUCAUUGUUGCUGGCUCUUAUAUUGGUUUCAAGACUGGAUGGGUUGGAUAUGAACUUCCUACAGGAUAUUUUCCCUACGGAGUAGAUGGGAUGCUUGCUGGCUCUGCUACUGUCUUCUUUGCUUAUAUUGGUUUUGAUGCUGUUGCAAGUACUGCUGAAGAGGUAAAAAAUCCUCAACGAGAUUUGCCACUGGGGAUCGGACUUUCAUUAUCUCUUUGCUGUGCACUAUAUAUGAUGGUCUCAAUUGUGAUUGUUGGUCUGGUGCCUUAUUAUGAGAUGGAUCCUGAUACCCCCAUCUCCUCUGCAUUUGCUGAGCAUGGGAUGCAAUGGGCAGCGUAUGUGGUGAGUACCGGAGCUGUUACUGCACUGUGCUCAACAUUGCUGGGCUCUUUGCUACCUCAGCCGCGAAUCUUGAUGGCAAUGUCGAGAGAUGGGUUACUGCCUCGUCUUUUUGCGGAUGUUAAUAAAAAAACUCAAGUUCCUGUCAAGAGCACCAUAGUCAGUGGUAUUGGUGCUGCAAGCUUGGCCUUUUUCAUGGAUGUUUCGGAUUUAGCAGGGAUGGUUAGUGUUGGUACUCUUUUUGCAUUUGCCACAGUGGCUGUAUCGGUUUUGAUUCUCAGAUAUAUUCCACCCAAUGAGGUGCCAUUGCCAUCAUCUCUUCAUGAGUCAUUUGAUCCACUGUCCCUACCAAUUCAUACAAGUGCUGAUGUUGUUGAUGGACAAGAUACCGAGAUCAAUUCUACAAAGGACAGUGUUAGUAGACCCUUACUUUCGAAAGUGGAUUCAUCAGUUGACAUCCCAAUAAUCGGCAGCUAUCUCACUCGACGUGGUUACACUCUGAAUGACAAGAAUCGACGAAAAUUUGCUGGAUGGGCCAUCUUGUUCACAUGCGUUGGGGCACUACUACUUACCUAUGCAGCUACGAAUCUGCGCCUUCCAAGCUAUGUGCGAUAUUCAGUUAGUGGAACCGGCGUUUUCCUUCUUUUAUCUGCUUUAGUUGUGCUGUCCUGCAUAGACCAAGAUGAUGCAAGGCACAGCUUUGGAUACACAGGAGGUUUCACUUGCCCAUUUGUUCCUCUGCUACCAAUUGUGUGUAUUCUCAUCAACACCUACUUGCUCAUCAAUCUUGGAGUUGGUACAUGGACUCGGGUGUCGGUAUGGCUAGUGAUUGGAGUGAUCGUUUACGUAGUCUAUGGACGAAAUCACAGCACUCUACGGGAUGCAAUCUAUGUGUCAACUGAACAUGCCGAGAAAAUAGCUGAACAUGCCGAGAAAAUAAACAAUUACUCGAGGGAAGUACUGGUUUGAUGAUUAGGUUUGUACAAAGAGUAGAAAGGCAAAAAGUUUGUUGAUGAAGCCAUCAAUGAGAUGAAGUCUCGUAUUAUGAGGGGGAUCUGAUUGAUGACAAACUUUGCCACAUCAAAGGUUUCAGAGAUUGUUUAUUAUUUUCUUACCAUAUUGUAUUAUCCAUGGAGACUGAUCUGUCUCCUUGUAUUAUAGGGUUGGUUAUAGAAUUUGCUCAGCUUAUUUUUCUUGUUGGGAGGUGGUUCAAGGCAAAUAAUGUAAAUAUCGAACACUUUUCAUUGUUCCUUAAUCCAUAGUCCAUAUACAUAUCACUAGCUUUUGUAUAUGUUCACGUUUA